AUGGAACAAAAAGGAAUAUCUGCUGAUCGUGUUUGCGAUGCAUCUGGCAUCAGUGUAGGUCAUCUCGAAUGUUCUAUUUGUCAUGAUUUACUCCGGAAACCAAUUGCUUGUCAAUCAUGUGAGACACCUUUCUGUUCAGUAUGUAUCUAUCGAUGGCUUAUCGCUAAUCCAAAUAAUUGUCCUAAUCAGUGCGAGACAUUCGUGGAACGAAAAUGUCCUCCAUUUAUUGCUAAGCUACUUUCUCAGUUGCAUAUUGCUUGUUAUUAUCAAUCAAAAGGCUGUCCACAGAUCAUCUCAUAUGAAGCACUGGACAAACAUGAAAGCGAAUGUGAUUAUCAGCCUCAACAAUGUCCUGGCUGUCGAUUACAAAUACUGAAGAAAGAUUUUCAUAAUCACACGAAGAAUUGUGCAUCUGUUGGAUUAACUUGUCAAGAUUGUUGUCUUGUUUACAAACGAGUUGAUACUGCUACCAAACAUACAGAUAACAUUUGUUUGAGUAAACAACUUCGACAGCUUCGUGGAGAAUCUAAACAGAACAAACAAGAACUACAUAAACUUACUAAUCUAUGGGAUAAAAUGUGUAAACUGAGUGAGUCAUAUAAUGUAUUCAAUGCUGAUAAAAAGACAAUUGUCGUUUCAGAUCCCGAGUUCGCAAAAGUGACAAUCAAAUUCGAUGAUUUGCCUAGUGUUUCUGCGGAAUGCAAGAAUAUUCCGAGUAUAUACAGAGGACUGGCAUGGAAUAAAAUCUCGUAUAUGGACAAAUCAUAUGCGGUUAAGACAUGCCCGAAAAGCGGAUAUGUAACAUCGUUUGAUUCAUGUGGUAGUGUACAUAUAGCUUAUUUGAAAGACGAAGCAUCGAUCAGCAUUGAAAGCACCACUGAAACGUUUACACUUAUCUCUCUUGAUGCAUGUGCUGCUUGGAAGAAUGAUCUAGAAUUAACUAUCACAGGACAUCGAAACUUGGCACUAAUCGACACUCAUACAGUCACACUUUUUGUUAAUCGACCACAACAUAUUCUACUCGAAUGGGACAAUAUUGACAAGAUCAUUUUCAAGUCAUCUGGUGGUACCACAGAUCCAGACAGUCCCACAAGUGCAAAUGACACGCAAGUUGUGAUAAACCAAUUGACAAUAGGUUUAGACCUUUGA